AUGAUGCGAGCGCAGGCACCGCCCACCGCCGUCCCGGCAUGCACCGGGCCGCGGGCUCCGCCUCCGCGGGACCACAGAGUUGGGACCGUGUGCGAGGCCCUCGGUGGGCCGCUUGGGAUUCGGGGAUUUCCUCGGCACGCGGGAAGUAGCCUUACAGGCGCGGGAGAAAGCGCAGGUGGUGGCUCGGCAGAAAAAGGCAGGCUGCAGUGCACACUGGGUCAGGCACACGCGAGGGGCAGCCCCCGAGAGGCGUCCCAGAGGCCCCCGCGCCGCCGGGGUCCUAACGGGGUGCACCGUCUUCCGCCGCACGUGGAUUCAGCGCGAUGCCCAAAUCCAAGCGCGACAAGAAAGCUUCGGAAAUGUGUGGACACCUACAAGUACCUUUUCAUCUUCUCUGUGGCCAACAUGAGGAACAGCAAGCUGAAGGACAUCCGGAAUGCCUGGAAGCACAGCCGGAUGUUCUUUGGCAAAAACAAGGUAAUGAUGGUGGCCUUGGGUCGAAGCCCAUCUGAUGAGUACAAAGACAACCUGCACCAGGUCAGCAAAAGGUUGAGGGGUGAAGUGGGUCUCCUGUUCACCAACUGCACAAAGGAGGAGGUGAAUGAGUGGUUCACAAAAUACACAGAAAUGGACUACGCCCGCGCUGGUAACAAAGCAGCAUUCACUGUGAGCCUGGACCCGGGGCCCCUGGAGCAGUUCCCCCACUCCAUGGAGCCACAGCUCAGGCAGCUGGGCCUGCCCACCACCCUCAAGAGAGGUGUAGUGACUCUGCUAUCCGACUUUGAGGUGUGCAAGGAGGGCGAUGUGCUGACCCCAGAGCAGGCUCGCGUCCUGAAGCUUUUUGGGUAUGAGAUGGCUGAAUUCAAGGUGACCAUCAAAUACAUGUGGGAUUCACAGUCGGGAAGGUUCCAGCAGAUGGGAGAUGACUUGCCAGAGAGCGCAUCCGAGUCCGCAGAAGAGUCAGACUCAGAAGACGAUGACUGAAAGGGACUCAAAAUUAAAGGCCUCCUGGAACCUUCUGGGUCUCACUGGACCAUGCAGGACUGCUGCCGCCCCUCUGAAGAGAGCAGCUGUUUAUUUGUCUGUAGACAGGGAAUGUGAUGGGCACUGACCUCCUAUAAAGAGUAAAACUCUGGGCCGGGCGCAGUGGCUCAAGCCUGUAAUCCCAGCACUUUCGGAGGCCGAGACAGGUGGAUCACGAGGUCAGGAGACCGAGACCAUCCUGGCUAACACGGUGAAACCCCAUCUCUACUAAAAAAUACAAAAAACUAGCCAGGCGAGGUGGCGGGCACCUGUAGUCCCAGCUACUCUGGAGGCUGAGGCAGGAGAAUGGCCUAAACCCGGGAGGCGGAGCUUGCAGUGAGCUGAGAUCCGGCCACUGCACUCCAGCCUCUGCACUCCAGCCUGGGCUACAGAGCGAGAUUCCGUCUCAGAAAAAAAAAAAAGCUCUGGGCCAGGUGCAGUGGCUCACGCCAGUAAUCCUAGCACUUUGGGAGGCCGAGGCGGGCAGACCAUAAGGUCAGGAGAUUAAGACCAUCCUGACACAGUGAAACACAGUGAAACCCUGUCUCUACUACUGUUGCCCAGACUGGUCUGGAACUCCUGUCUUCAAUCAGUCCUCCUGCCUUGGCCUCUCAAAGUGCUGAGAUUAAAGGUGUGAGCCACUCUUUUUUUUUUUUUUUUUUUUUUAAAUGGCCGAAUAAUAGUCUGUUGUAUGAAUAUGCCACAUUUUCUUUAUGCAUUCAUUCAUUGAUGGACAUUUGGGUUGUUUUUAAUUAUCAACUAUUAUGAGUAAUGACACUGUGAAAACUCAUUCCCAAGUUUUUUGUGGGGAGAUACGUUUUCACUUCUCUUGGCUAUAUACCCACAAGUGGAACUGCUGAAUCCUAUGGUAAUUUUAUGUUUAAUCCUUUGAGAAGUUGCCAAACUAUUUUCCAAAGUGGUUGUACCAUUUCACAUUCCCCCCAUCAGUGUGUGAAUUUUCUCCCGUCUGUCUCUUGCUCACUCUCUUGCCAUGUGACAUGCUGGCUACGCUUCCCCUCUGCCAUGACUGUAAGCUUCCUGAGGCCCUCCCCAAGAGCAGAUGCUGGCACCACACCUUCUUGAACAGACUACAGAACUGUGAGCCAAAGAAACCUCUUUUCUUUGUAAAUGACCCAGUCUCGGGUAUUCUUUUAUAGCAACGGAAACAGACUAACACACAGCAUCCUGGGAGGCUUUAUUCUUCGUUUGGUGGUGACUCUACUGUUAAGUUUUUGUCCAAAUACUUCCGUCCCUAAGAAUUUACUGAGGCAGUUCUAAAUUACAAAAAGCAUGAGAGAGCAAAAGAGGUGACAGAAGAGCCUUGGGCAGCCUGAGCCACGAUGGGCCUAGAUGAAGUAGUUGGGACAUUCGUGGGCAAACAAAUGCCAGGCUUGAUUAAAGGCAUCCACGACAGCUGGCUCCAGGGGCCCUUCCUCUGCCGCUGCCAAGUUCUGCUCCAGCUGCUCCAGGCUGGACAUGCCCAGGAUGACCGCGUCCCCGUGGGCACCCUGAAAGGGAGACAGCCAGACUUCAACCUUCUUCUGCUACACAGCAACUUCACUCACAACCCUCCCAGUCACGACCCUACCGAGAUUUGGGCUCUCUUAUAUCCCAUAUGUCCAGAAAGAACUUAAGGUGCCUUGGAUAGCUGUACCCAUGUCACUCAAAACCUGUAUUAUUUCCCCUACUACCACAUGACGCUUCCAGACAGACCUACAUUCACAGCCCAGUUCUGCCCCCCAGCAGCCGUGUAAAGGUGACUAAGUUAUUAAAACCUCUCUGACACUCA